CCGCGUCCGUAGCAACAAUGGCCAUUACCCGUGCCACCUUCCCCCCUGUCCCUGCUACUGAAAUGCCCUAAUCUGUGCUGCCUUCUUCCUGUCUUCCUCUCCAUGUAGGUGUGCCUCAAAUCCCCUGUAUAAAACAUAAUCCUGUAAAUUACCUAGUGUUUUAUGGCAAGUCCUGACGCCAAAGAAGUACCGCUCACUGGUCCCCCCGAUAAGCCUGCACUUACCCGCCCUUCUCAGCAACCCGCACAGAGGCUCAUCACCAUCUCGCAGAUAGAGCCCACUAUGGGUACCGAAGGUUCGGUGGUCAGCUCUGCGCCCACACGCAGAUCCAGUGCGUCGCAGACACGAGCUUCGCCGACCCCCACCUCUGUGGCACAAAGCCCGAUAGAAUCAGCAGACAUGACGUCUUCAUCGUCUCUACCAUUCAUUCCGUAUCCGACAACUACGGACAGCCAAGGCUUGCAAUGAAAACGAGGUGUACAUGUGGAUCGUUGACAGCAGCGGCAACGGCAAAUACGAGUGCAAGGUCGACCAGCAGUACCGGCCGGCUAAGAGUCACC